GGGAUACAAUCUCAUUCUCAUUAUCUCUAACCCUCUCUUUUUUUUUUUGGAGAAAAGAAAGAUACUCUUUGAUUCUUCUUGUCUGCCUAAGAACAGAAAUGCUGGGUUACAGUACAAGAACGUUGCUUUGUCUUCUUGUCUGCAUAGGCUUACUAUCAGACAGCAGAUAUAACGUCUCAGCCUUCAGACAAAUACAAGGAGAAGAAGCUGGAGUUGAGCCAGAUAUUCAGCCCAAUAUUCAUUCUAGUCACUACCGUGAAGGUCAAGGAAUGUUCAGUGGAAACCGACGCAUUCUUGAGGAGGUUAACAAGAAUAAAGUUAAAGCAGAGAAGACACAAGCACAAAAGGAUCAGACAGAGGACUCGUUCAAAUCAAGCAAGAGACGUGUAAGACGAGGAUCAGAUCCUAUCCACAACAAGUCUCAGCCACUUUCUUGAGUGGCAAUGUGGUACAACAACAAUCAAAUAUAGAAAAGAAAGGUGCAACAAUCAAACCUUAUCAAGCUGGAGGUAGAUUAGUUGUUUUUUUUGUUUCUUAGGUUUUGUUUUCAAGUAUAGGUUUGAUAAAAACACAGAACGUUAGCUGUUGAAGGACAGCAUUGUCUGGAGAAUACAUAUUUGUUUUUCAAUACAUUUCUUUUGACUAAAGUCUUCACUCUUUUGUUUGCAUUAGUUCUAAGUUUCUUGAUAAGUUUUGUUCUUUUUCUGCAUUGCUCUGGCUCCAGCAAAAAUAUAUCUUGUGUAUAUACAAUAUCUCAAGAGUUUU